AUGAAAGCAUACAUGUACGAUAAUCAACCGGGGGACCAGCGCUUACCCCACGAUUCCGGCCGAGCCAUCAGCACCGAAGCACUGGGGAAACUAGGCGUGCUAUACUUCCACUUUGCCAAUAUUGCCGAUGUAGACAGACUGGCUGCUGAUCGCGGAUACAAAAAUCGGGAUGAAAUCACAGUCUCGCCUGAAAAAAUGGGCGGCAUGUACGAAGAUAAAGUCAAAAUGUUCUUCAAUGAACACCUGCACGAGGACGAGGAGAUUCGGUAUAUUAAGGGCGGUCAAGGUUUCUUUGAUGUUCGGAGCAAAGAUGAUAACUGGGUUCGAGUGCGACUCGAGAAAGAUGACCUGCUCAUUCUUCCUGCUGGUAUAUAUCAUCGCUUUACCACAGACGAAGCCAAUGUUCCCGUUCCUCGAAUAGUACGUACAUGCCAUGAGGCUCUUCAAGGACGAGCCCAAAUGGACGCCAUUGAAUAG